AUUCAUAUAGGAUUGUUGUGUCAGUCAUAAUGAUAAAAUGUGAUUAUUUAAUAAAAUCUUGCUGACUUCAUUGUAAUUACUCCAGCUGAUCUCAUUAACCAGAACAGUUUCAGUAGGAGGGCAAACAUUUAACAUUAACUGAAAAAAAUAUACAUUUAGAGGAUUGAACAUGAUAAUUGUUCAGCUCUGGAAAUUGAAAAUGAGAUUUUCUUUCUGGAGAGGUUUUAGUUGUGAUUCAAUUACACACAAAUUUAGUAAGGAGAAUAUUGAAUGAUUAUCAAAUAGCUUUUAGAGGAAAUUUUAUGGAUUGAAUUGAUUAGUUCUGAUCAUGUGAUAGCAUACUGCUGGAGUAGACCAUAGAUGUAAUACCUGUCUAGGAGUAGAUAUUGGUGUUCAUUGCUAUUUAAUGUAUGUACAUUCAUAUUAGUUUAUCAUUGGAUUAUUAAGUUAGAAGAGGUUAAAAUGACCAGCUUCUAGACCUAGUAUUAAACCUUAGGGAUAUAAUACCACAAUGGAUGGAAGGAUUCUAUUACGAAGGUUGUUACAGUCCUCCACACCAACAGUAUACAUUGAUGGGGAUCCAGAGGAGAAUUCUACUGUUAUAAUUCCCUCAACACCGAAGCCUGUAACACAUACACUUAAGUCAUGUGACCACAUAGAUACGGAUUAUGAUGUAGCACUUGCGAUAAUCUGUGCCAUGAGUUUUAUUUUUGGCAUAAUAUACACAUUCUUUGGUUACAGAUUUUUUAAAGCCGUUAUGUUCCUAACAGGAUUCAUCUUCAUAUCAGUUCUUACAUAUUUAAUACUUUCGGAACAGGAUAUUUUACCCCUGGGAGGAGAAAUUGGAGUAGCAGUAGGUGCUGGACUUAUACUUGGCAUAAUAACAAUGUUAGUGCAAUAUAUUGGACUAUUCCUCACAGGAUUUCAGUUUGGAUUAUCUAUUGCUAUGUGUAUUUUAGUUGUUUUAGAACAAUUUUACCAUCCAACUACACGAUGGAUUCCAAUUUCUAUUUUAUGUGGAGUUGGACUAUUUUUUGCUGUGUUGACAUUGAAAUUCCAGAAAACAUUUACAGUUUUAGGAACUAGUAUAUUCGGUGGUGCUUUAAUGAUAUCUUGCCUGGACUACUUUAUAGAAAAGUUUACAAUGUUGAUAUAUAUAUGGGAGAGAGCUAAAGGUGAUUUAUCUGACCAUGUGUGUUGGUACAGCUGGGUGUUGUUGGGUUGUUGGCCGUUUUGUUUUAUAGUUGGUGCCGUAGCCCAGUGGAGAAUUACAGGACAAGGUUAUGAUCAUAGAGAUACUUCAGUGGGUAGAAAGAACAAAAAAGUUAGUUUACAGAAAGUGAGGAGACGACAACAUGAACCUGACACACAGUCCAGAUACAGACACUUAUAUAAAGCUAGACGAACUACUGGGGAUGUCAUUUCACAGAGUUACUUGCAGAACAUACAGGAAAGAUUUUCACCAUCCCUGAAGCGACAUAGUCACACACCCAUCCCAACAGAACCAAGUCAAACAGAAUUAGAUAGUGCUAGUACAACUCUUACACAGAUUUCAUGAUCUACAACUAAACAUUGACAAAUAGUCAUUUAAAUGGUAUCUGACAUGUGAAACCUUAAAUGUGAACUGACAUGUGAAACCAAUAACAGUGCUGAAUGCGAAGAGCCAUCUCAUAUGGGAGCUUUAUUGUAAUAUGUGUUUAUAUGAGAGGAGCCAUUUCAUGUGGGAGCUUUCUUGUAAUAUGUGUUUAUUUCUAAGUGUAAGCUGACAAUUGAAAUUCAAACAGAAAUAUUACUUGUGCUUGGUUGUACAAGCAGUUAUUUAGGAAAUUGACACAAAUGGUGAAAUACUUGAGUUGAAUGAUGAAAAGAGAAGCAAAAAUAUGUAUUGUUAAUAUUUAUGGGUAAACAAGCUGAAACUUACAAAUACACAAAUAUAAAUACUGUUACUAUUCAUACAAAUCAAAUUUUCUAAGUAAAAUGUAAAUGUAUGAAUUUAACAAACAAGACUUCAAAUUGUUGAACACGUUAACUUAAGUGAUGAUAUUCACUCUCCUAACUACCGGUAAAAGUAAAUUUGUGCAGUGACAGUGUGAGACUAUGUAUAACAAUGAUCAAAGGGACACAACUCCAGAAUAUCUUUGAAUGUCUUUUAAAGAUUUAGGAUUAUUUCGAGAAUGGAUUAUAUUUUUUUUAAAGUAUUUUCUUUGUGUAACUUUCUUUUAUGAUAUGUUGGUCUUUAUUAUGAAGAAUGCAUACGUUACAAGCUGCUGACAGAUGAUGUGUUUAGUAUCUGAUCCAAUGGAAUAAAGUGAAAUUAAAUGAUAGCUACAUGUGAAUGUUUUUUGUUGAGGCAGUUUAGUCACAAAGGUAUUCCUUUGAUUAGUGUUAAUUAAUUUGAGAUUACAAAGUAACACACUAUGAACUUUUGUCUUAUCUUUGGAGUCAUUUUCCUUCAAAUCAAUUUAAAUUUAAAUAUAUAAAUUUUUAUGAAACUAAUUUUGGGAUCACAGUAAAAACAUUGAUUACUUGUAUUAUUUUUAGUAGGCUAAUUUCAAGACAAU